UAUGAUCAUGUCGACAAUUUGUUGAUGUGGAUUUUCCUCUGUUAGUCCUUGAGAGUCUUUGUCAUUGAUAUUUGGCGCUCCUUUCGUUACCGCUGGUUGUUGUAAUUUCGAAGAAAAAAACGUCGCAAGGCAGAUCACGCAGCUCGUGACGUCAUUCGUGCAGUAAACACUCUCGUCCUGUCAAACCAGUCAAUAUCGCACUACAAUAGCGGUUAAAAUCAAAUUAUAUUCAGGCUUUAGGACGCGGCAGCUGACCGGACUGUUGGCAUUAAAAACAUCGAUAUGGAUAAUAUUUUUGGUAAAGAUGAUUCUGGGAACGAAAGCGAGCUUGUUGAUAUUGAAGAUAAGGAGAGCCCGUCUAGACCCUCGGGAACUAGAGACAGCGACGGCAUGGAUAUUGACGACGUUCCAUUGAAGGUGCACGGUAACGAACCUGACACUUCAAGUCAGAAUUCACAAUCAGACACGGAAGAGCCAAGUUCCCAACAAGUUAGUAGCGGAAUGUUAUUAAAUGACCAUACGGACUUGAAAAAUGAUCCAGAGAGCCAAGACGAACACGAAGACAUUUUUGGAAAUGAUAUAAUGCUCCCACAUUCGGUACCGAUGAAAAUAGAAGGAAGAAGAGAAAGUAGAGAAAAGAGUAAAAAAGAACUAGAGGAAGAAGAACGAGAGAAAAUGCAGGUUUUGGUAUCAAAUUUUACGGAAGAUCAAUUGGACAGAUACGAGAUGUACAGGAGAGCUGCAUUCCCCAAAGCAGCGAUCAAAAGAAUUAUGCAGACAAUUACAGGCUGCUCGGUAUCUCAAAAUGUCGUAAUAGCCAUGUCAGGUAUAGCCAAGGUGUUUGUUGGCGAAAUUGUUGAGGAAGCUCUGGAUGUGAUGGAAACUCACGAAGAAACGGGCCCACUGCAACCAAAACAUUUGAGGGAAGCGGUACGUAGAUUACGACUUCAGGGACAAAUACCAAACGGUCGAGCACAAAAGGCAUUUUUCAGACUUUGAGUAAAGCAUGGGCUC